AAUGAGAGCGAGGGGCCACUUCCGGGGCGGGGCUGCUAACGGAAGGGGCGGGGCAUCGCUCCCGAGGCGCGGCCUUGUUCCUCAGGCGGCCGCUGGGGGCGCCAGAGCGGGACCGGAGCGCGCGCCGAGCAGGAGCUUCUGUGCAUUCCCUAAAUGGCUGAUGCUGACCCUGAGGAAAAAACCUACAACAACAUGCUGAAAAUGCUCUCAGAUCUGAAUAAGGACUUGGAAAAACUAUUGGAAGAGAUGGAGAAAAUCUCAGUGCAGGCAACCUGGAUGGCCUAUGACAUGGUUGUGAUGCGCACCAACCCUACGCUAGCCGAUUCCAUGCGCCGGCUGGAGGAUGCAUUCCUCAACUGCAAGGAGGAGAUGGAGAAGAAUUGGCAAGAGCUGCUCCAUGAGACCAAGCAAAGGCCAUAGGCCCCACUGGCCCACCACAGUUGCCAUGCCACCAUCUGCCUGUGUGACAAGGUCACUGGGGGGUGGAGCUGGUGCCCACAUGAACAGCUGUAUGCACUGUACUUGUUUCUUAAUAAACUUAUUUUUAAGCACAA